CCCUGGUGCAGGGUCUGACUGAUUCCUAUUCCUCUUUUGCAUUUUGGUUUACCCAUUUCCUCUCUGAGUCUCUCAAUGCUAAUUGAGUUACCCCUUCACCCUACCUGUGUUCUUCCAGGACACCCCCACUUUCCCCAUCAUGGCACUUAAUGUAAUUUAUUUUAACUGCCUGCCUGAGUGCCUGCUUCCUCUGUGAGCUUUGUGAACACAGUGACUGGUUUCUCUUCCUAACUGUUUCGUCCUCAGCCCCUGGCACUGAUGCACCCUCACUUCACUGGAGCAAGUAUGGAUGGGGGACCCCAGAGUGUCCCCUCCAGCUGUGUGCAGCAUAGGGAUAAGUCACAUGAGCUGGGGGUAACCAGAGUCUCUGUCCUCCCAGCACUACUUCCCAUCGCAGUUAUUGGUGCCCAAGUGCUGAGCAAAGUGGGGGACUCUGUACUGCUGGCAGCAGAGCAGCCCCCUGGAUUCCAAGUCCGCGAGGCCAUCUGGCGAUCUCUCUGGCCUUCGGAGGAGCUCCUGGCCACAUCUUUUCGGGGUUCUCUGGAGACGCUGUACCACUCCUGCUUCCUGGGCCGAGUCCAAUUACACAGCAACCUCAGCCUGGAACUAGGACCCCUGCAGGCCAGGGACAGUGGCAACUUCUCCAUACUCAUGGUGGACACCAGUGGCCGGACCUGGACCCAGACCCUGCAGCUCAAGGUGUAUGAUGCAGUGCCUAGGCCCACGGUUCAAGUCUUCAUCGCUGUAACAGGGGAUGCUCCGGCCCUCAACACCUGUCGGGUCUUCUUGUCUUGCUGGGCCCCCAACACCAGUGACAUAACCUACAGCUGGCGUCGGGAGGGAAUGAUGGACUCUGCUGCUGGACCACACAGCCUCUUCACAGACCAACGGGUCCUGAGCCUUUCUCUGGGGCUGAGAGACAAGGACGUGGCCUAUUCCUGUAUUGUCUCCAACCCUGUCAGCUGGGACUUGGCCACAGUCACACCCUGGGAGAGCUGCCACCAUGAAGCAGCACCAGGGAAUGCCUCCUACAAAGACGUGCUACUGGUGGUGCUGCCGAUCUCCUUGUUCCUGUUCCUGGUGGGCGUCUUCUCCAUGUGGCACGGUGGCCUCUGCCUAGGGAAAAAGAAGAAGAAUGACCAUACUGAUGAAGUGGCUCCAGAGACAGAGAACCCCCUUGUGUAGGAUGUGCCAUGAAGGACAGAUCUUGAGGAACCUCCUCCAUGUCCAGGCACAUGAUGACUUGGGACAUAGCUGGUCCAUAAAGACCACGAAGGUUCUCAUACUUUCCAGGAGACCCCUGUUCCACCUCCAAGGAACAUGCUGGAGAGCUGUCACACUAGAAGGACAAAAACACCAGCAUACGCUUCCAUGCCUCUCUUUGCACAUGCUACUCUCUGCUGGUCAGAUUAGCCUAACAAAAUGCUCCCUCAAGAACACUGGAAGUUCUCCAGGAUCCACCGGGAUAUUGAUUGUAAUACCCACCACUACACAUGAAGUAUUGCCCAACUGCACCAAAAGAUUGCCUCUAGCCUGCAUCCUGGACUCAAAAUGACAGUGGACAUUAGCACUAGAAAGAAAACUGAACCACCCACUGCCUCCCCAGCUCCAAACAAUCAAGGUGUUAUCGUAAGAAAGGUCCAUGGAGAAUUGGCCAUGCUGGGACUUGGGGGGCCAACCAAAAACUCAACUAGCCAGCCUUUCUGGUGAGCCACACAAGCCACAUGGGUUCCAGGGAGAGAAAUGUCAUGUCCCAUGAGCCUCCCAGCACAUAGGCUGAGAAUCAAACACUGUCAAUGUGUUCUCCUCUCUCCAGUCUCCACCCCACCAAGCAACUGCAUGGAUGGCUCAGAGGACAGACUGAGUUGUUAGCAACUAAGGUACUAAAGCAACUAAAUGUUUGUACUGUUUGGUUGAUUAUGCAGGCCUGGGGCCAGUGGUCUGGGCAUCUUUUAGGAGGAUGAAUGUAUGUAAUAUAGCAAAUAUGGGGGAUUUCCUUCUAUCUUGUCUUUGAAGUCAAAUAUUGUUUUCACUGUUUUGCUUUGUUCUAAUUAAAUGUUUUGCUUUAUUCAGCAUUCUGUUUUGAUGGGCUUACUGUGUUUUGUUUUUAGUUUGAUUUUGCUAUACCUGAUGGAACGGACAACUAUUGUGAAAAUAACAAGAUAUAUUAACAGUAGCUAUUGUUGUUUUCCUAGUAUCCUGCUUGGAAGUUCUGUACCAAUUUUGCUGUAUUGUUUUGAUUAGCUUUGUUCUGUCUUGUUUUGUUGGAUUUUACUAUCUUUAAAACAAAUUAAAUUUUUUUUUAAAUGUCCACAAUAGAUGUAGGUGAGAGACAGGAGACAAAAGUUUCUCUUUCCAGCCUGAAGAAUGUUCAGGUCACCUGGGUUCAUAGCCCCACUAAGGCAAAUUGCAGCUACAGAUAACCAAUGACAACCAACAUCCAUGGUCAGAAUGAGAGCCACCAAUGAAUAGACAUCUUCACCAUUUCCACUGAGCCUCACAUGUCUUAAAGAAUCAUGGGAGAGUCUCUUUUCAUUCUCUAACACGAUGGCCAGGAAAAGACACUGAAUUUGCCAACAGGAAGUUCUUGUGCAACUUCGAGAAAAACAGCUGAGCUCAGGAGAAGUCUUUAUCCUUGAGUCUUAAAGAGAGAAGAAUCAGGAAAA